AUGACGACGGUCAGCGGACCUCACCUCAUGCGAUGGGAUGAGGUGGCGGACGAGCCGUAUCUUGUUCUCCCAUCCUUUCCAGAUUUACGUCUCACACCCUGGCGUGCUGGAGAUGAGGACGACGUGAUGCGCUUGUUCAACGAACCGGAAGUUGGCAUGUUCGCUCAUCGACGUCCAUACCCGUAUCUCCGUGAACACCUUCCCUUUUUCUCUGACGUACUCGGACCUUCCUCUCGCAAGACCAUUGACAACGUCCUCCGGCCUCUUCUGCACGACACCCCCACUUCCGCUGGUCACAUCAACUACAGCGGAGCCCAAUGUGCCUUUGACGUCCCGUACUACCCGUGCAUCAUGCUCAGGCAUUACCCCUCGGGCAAAUUGAUCGGCGAUCUCAGACUCUUCCAGGCUGAGGAUUCUGCCGGAGGUGAUCAAAACGCGGGUUUCGCCGGGCAAGCGCAGCAGACUGCACAACCUAGCGAGCAAGUAUGGGAGAUUGCCUACAAUCUGAUGCCGGAGUGGAGAGGGAAGGGGGUGGCUGGUCAAAUGCUUGACGUCAUCAUGGCGGGCUGGGUGGAGUGGUUGGGCAUCGGGACCGGGAUGGCUGGUGUUCAGACCGUCAACACCGCAUCUGCCGGUCUGUUAGCCUCCAGAGGCUUCACAAAGGGAACGACGUUCAUGGAGCCAUGGCCCGAAGAGAAAGGAGGCGGAGAGAGGGAGGUCGCGAAAUGGACCGUUACGCCGGCAACCCCGGCCAGGCACAACGACUUGCUGCAGUGGGAUGCUAUCGCAGAUGAGCCGUACCUCGCUUUACUGGGAUACCCUGGACUGCGCCUCACACCAUGGAGAGGUAUGCAGGAGACGGAGGCCUUGAGAUUGUUCAACGAUCCCACAGUGACCAAAUACUCCUGUCGCCGGCCUUUCCCGUAUAAUCGAGAGCACCUCGAGUAUUUCACCGACUUGACCGCGCCCUACUCGCAAGAGACCGUAAAUACCAUCCUCAGAAGAAGCUCAUCUUCUUCGGCCGCUUCUGACUUGCCUCAUCCGGCCGAGAUGCCCUUCUUCCCGCUGAUGGUCAUUCGCAAUCACGCUACCGGUCAGCUCAUCGGUGAUGUCCAGCUCUUCCAGCCCGAAUCAGACUACUGGGAUAUGGAGCUGGACCGUUCUCUACGUGUCGUGGUACCUCAGAUCGACUCUCCCGAGGAGCAGACCUGGGCGAUAAGCUACAAUAUCCUGCCCGAGUGGCGGAACAAAGGAUUGGGAGGGGCAGUGGUGGAUGUCGUUGUCGGUGGCUGGGCAAAGUGGUACAUCGAGACUGAUAAUAUUCUAUCCUCGAGACUCGCAGCGUCUAGGGGGUUCACGAAGCGCAGGACCUUCAUGCAAGCCUGGCCGGAAGCGAAGCGCUGGGGAUGGGACCAGCCUAGUCAUGUCAAAGCCCUCGCUUGGUUCCCAGCGUUAGGCAAACACAGCUGGUAA